GCAGCACUCACUUGCAGUUACAGUACUGUGCUUUCAUACCCUGAGAAGAAGAGCUGAAUAAAUUUAAUAGAAGAUAUGUCUUCUCCUCCAAAAGAGAAGUCGGACACGAAAGCUGGCCACCCUCCUGCUGUUAAAGCUGGAGGGAUGAGAAUUGUGCAGAAACAUCCACACACUCACGUAGAAACCAAGGAGGAGAAAGAAAGCAAUGAGGAAAAUUGGGAAAGUGGCAUUGUUCCACCUAAACCACCUUUGAUAAUCUCUGGAGCUGUCACAAGGGGUGACAAGGACUCCCCCCCAGCUGCUGCUCAAGUAGCUCAUCAUAAACAUCAUGCUUCGGUGAAAAAGUUACCUGGCACAAACCAGGUCACUCAUCAUAUCCAUCAACCCCGCAAGUGAAAAGACAACCUUGGA